AUGAAGACCGCAGUUUUCUUCACAGCUGCACUCUUCUUUCUUGGUUCACUGAUCGCUUUGCCUGUACACGGUAUCUACCUUUCGAACAUCGAUCCUAGCAGACUACAACAAUUUUUCAGCGAUCGUAUAUCGUGGCAACCAAGAAUGCGACGAUAUCGUAAAUGGACUCCAUUAGAACCAAGCGUUCGUUUCUAUGGCGGUAACGUACCAGAUCCCUAUUAUUAUGCUGCUUUUUAA